CAAAAUUGCUACUCACAACAACUUUUAAGAGUUAUAUAAACAAGCCACUGAAGGGGCUGAGGAGCAGAAAAACUAGCAUAGCAAUUGAAAAUAAUGGAGCUAACAACUAUAGGAAGAAAUGCUCUGUCAUCAUUUCGACGAGGCACGAUAAGUCUAGAUAUGGAUGCAGAUUCUAUUCUAGAGGAGGAUGAGGGAGUUCAUUUGCAGUGGGCUGCGAUUGAGAGAUUGCCAACCUUUAAAAGGAUCAAGACCUCACUGUUUGAAGCAAGCAAUGCGAAAGAUGGCGAAGGGAAGAAAGUAACUGAUGUUACUAAGCUCGGGGCAGCUGAAAGACAUCUCUUCAUCGAGAAGCUGAUAAACCACAUUGAAAAUGAUAAUCUCCGGUUGCUACAGAAUCUCAUAGAAAGGAUAGAAAGAGUGGGCAUGAAGUUACCUACUGUGGAGGUGAGGUACAAGAAUUUGUCAGUGGAAGCAGAAUGUGAGGUAGUUCAGGGAAAGCCUCUCCCGACGCUAUGGAACUCCAUUGCGAGCUUCUUGUCUGGUUUCAGAAAGAUAGUGAGGAGCAAGCCUCGAGAAACCAAGAUAAGCAUCCUUAAGGAUGUUUCUGGCAUCAUUAAACCAUCAAGGCUUACUCUUCUUCUUGGUCCGCCAGGCUGUGGGAAAACCAACUUAUUAUUGGCUCUUUCAGGAAGACUAGAUCAAUCCCUUGAGGUUGAAGGGGAAAUCUCUUAUAACGGUUACAAGCUUGAUGAGUUUGUUCCUCAAAAAACAUCAGCCUACAUAAGUCAAUAUGACCUGCACAUCCCUGAGAUGACUGUCCGAGAAACUAUUGACUUCUCGGCACACUGCCAGGGUGUUGGAAGCAGAGCAGAUAUUAUGCUGGAGGUCAGCAGAAGGGAAAAGGAAGCAGGAAUUGUCCCUGAUCCUGAUGUAGACACCUACAUGAAGGCAAUCUCAGCUGAAGGACAAAGAAGAAAUCUCCAGACAGAUUAUGUUUUAAAGAUUCUUGGACUGGACAUUUGUGCUGAUAUAAUGGUUGGUAGUGCAUUGAGAAGAGGGAUUUCAGGUGGUCAAAAGAAAAGGCUAACAACAGGAGAGAUGAUUGUUGGUCCCACUCAAGCUUUAUUUAUGGAUGAAAUAUCAACUGGGCUAGACAGCUCCACAACCUUUCAGAUAGUUACCUGUCUUCAGCAACUGGUGCACAUCACAGAUUCAACCGCGCUAAUUUCACUUCUUCAGCCAGCACCUGAAACUUUUAAUCUAUUUGAUGAUGUAAUAUUGAUGGCUGAGGGUAAGAUUGUCUACAAUGGUCCUUGCAGUGAUGCACUCCAAUUUUUUGAAGAUUGUGGUUUCAAAUGUCCACAAAGAAAGGGUGCUGCGGACUUCCUUCAGGAGGUAAUCUCAAAGAAGGAUCAAGCACAAUACUGGUGCCACGCUGACAUUCCUUACCAGUAUGUUUCAGUUAAUCAGUUCAUUGAAAUGUUCAAAGCAAGUAAUCUUGGACAGACACUAGCAGAAGAGCUCUCAAAACCAUACGAUAAAUCCUGGUGUCCUACUAGUGCCUUGUCAUUUAGCAUUUACUCCUUAAGAAAAUGGGAAUUAUUCAAAGCUUGCAUGGCUAGAGAGCUGCUUCUUAUGAAAAGGAACACAUUUGUUUACGUUUUCAAAACUGCACAGCUCAUCUUCACUGCAAUUAUAACAUUGUCGGUAUUUUUAAGCACCAAGACGGCAGAGGACUUGAUGAGUGCAAACUAUCUGAUGGGCUCCAUGUACUAUGCACUGAUCAGGCUUUUUACUAAUGGAUUUGCAGAGUUGUCCUUGACUGUUAUUAGACUUCCUGCAGUUCAAAAACAAAGAUCAUUCUACCUAUAUCCAGCUUGGGCUUAUGCCAUUCCUGCCUCUAUACUAAAGAUUCCAUUUUCACUUCUUGAUUCUAUAAUCUGGACAGGCAUAACUUACUAUGUUAUUGGGUAUACCCCUGAAGUGACAAGGUUUCUUUGCCAGUUUCUUCUGCUCUUCGCUCUCCAUCUAACCUCAACAUCGAUGUGUCGAUUCUUUGCCUCAAUUUUCCAAACGAUGGUACUAGCAACAACAGUUGGUUCUGUGAUCUUAGUUCUAAUGUUCUUGUUUGGAGGCUUCAUUCUUCCACGGCCCUCUUUGCCGCCUUGGUUGAGGUGGGGAUUCUGGAUUUUUCCCAUGACAUAUGGGGAAAUUGGCAUAACCCUAAACGAAUUCCUUGCUCCACGAUGGAAAAAGAUGUUAAAUGGAAACACCACCAUGGGAAAUGGUGUCCUGACCAGCCAUGGUUUGAACUUCGAAGGCUAUUUCUAUUGGAUAUCACUAGGGGCUUUGUUUGGAUUCACAAUACUUUUUGAUCUUGGCUUCAUCUUAGCCUUAACUUACUUGAAACCACCGAAGAUGUCCAGAGCUAUUAUUUCAAAAAAGAGGUUCUCUCAACUCCAAGGAAGAGAAGAUCAGGAGUGGAGUAGGCAGCCAGAGAAUGAAUCAAUCCCAGCUCAUAACGCAGAAACAAGAAAAACAGAGAUGAUGGUUCUGCCAUUUGUGCCGCUAACGAUGACAUUUAAGGACGUGCGGUAUUAUGUUGACACACCCCCAGAAAUGAAAAGGCAUGGCUUCAGCGAGAAGAAACUUCAGCUGCUUUCUGACAUCACAGGAGCAUUUAAGCCUGGAGUUCUUACAGCAUUGAUGGGGGUUAGCGGAGCUGGGAAAACAACCCUCAUGGAUGUUCUUUCUGGAAGGAAAACUGGAGGUAUUAUUGAAGGAGAUAUACGAAUAGGAGGGUAUCCAAAAGUACAACAAACAUUUGCAAGGAUUUCAGGUUAUUGCGAGCAGAACGAUAUUCAUUCUCCACAGAUUACUGUAGAAGAAUCCAUUGUUUACUCUGCAUGGUUGCGAUUACCACCGGAGAUCGAUGAACAAACAAAAUCGAGAUUUGUCGAAGAAGUCAUUGAAACGAUCGAACUUCAUGACAUAAAGUUUUCUCUGGUCGGAAUUCCAGGCCGAAGUGGUCUUUCUACUGAACAGCGUAAAAGGCUAACAAUUGCAGUGGAGCUUGUUUCAAAUCCAUCGAUAAUAUUUAUGGAUGAACCGACAUCAGGUUUAGAUAGUAGAGCAGCUGCAAUUGUCAUGCGCGCGGUGAAGAACGUGGUUGCCACAGGAAGAACAACAGUUUGCACCAUUCACCAGCCGAGCAUUGACGUCUUUGAGGCUUUUGAUGAGUUGAUUCUAAUGAAAAGGGGUGGAAUGAUUAUAUAUUCAGGAAUGCUCGGUCACCAUUCAUGUAAGCUUAUCGAGUACUUCGAGGGUAUUUCAGGUGUGCCAAAGAUCAAAGAUAACUACAAUCCAGCAACAUGGAUGUUGGAGGUUACUUCUGCAUCGAUGGAAUCAGAACUUGAAUUAGAUUUCGCAAAACUUUAUAAGGAGUCUCCUCUUUACCAGGAGACGAUUGAGUUGGUCCAACAGUUGAAUAAACCUCCUCCAGGUUCAAGAGACCUGCAGUUUUCCACUCCUUUUCCACAGAGUAGAUGGGAGCAGUUUACAGCAUGCUUAUGGAAGCAGCACUUGUCCUAUUGGAGAAGUCCUGAGUACAACUUGGCACGAUUCAUCUUCAUGAUCGUUGCAUCGCUGUUGUUUGGAAUAGUCUUUUGGCAGAAGGGAAAGGAAAUAAACAAUGAGCAAGACUUGAUCAACAUACUUGGAUCGAUGUACACUGCUGUAAUAUUCCUGGGCUUAAACAACUGUUCAACAGUUGUCCCAUACGUGGCAAUAGAGCGGACCGUAUUUUACCGUGAGAAAUUUGCAGCAAUGUAUUCCCCAUGGGCUUAUUCAUUAGCACAGGUGACUAUCGAGAUACCUUACGUUCUAUUGCAAGCAUUUUUGUAUGUAGCCAUCACAUAUCCAACAAUUGGGUACUACUGGUCAGCCUCCAAAGUCUUUUGGUACUUCUAUGUAACCUUCUGCACAUUUCUCUACUUUGUUUUUCUCGGAAUGCUGCUAGUUUCAAUAACACCAAGCGUCGAAGUAGCUUCCAUAUUGGCUACAGCAGUCUACACUAUAUUAAAUCUAUUCUCUGGCUUCCUUCUGCCAGGAAAGAAAAUUCCCAAGUGGUGGAUUUGGUGCUAUUACCUCUGCCCCACAUCAUGGUCCCUAAAUGGUUUUCUCACAUCACAAUAUGGAGAUAUUGACAAGGAGAUCUCCAUAUUUGGGGAGCUCAAGACAGUAAGUUCCUUUCUACAAGAUUAUUAUGGCUUUCGACAUGAUCACUUGGGCAUUGUGGCUGCUGUUCUCGCUGCGUUCCCAGUUGCUUUCGCUUUUCUAUUCUCAUAUUGCAUAGGGAAAUCAAAUUUUCAGAGACGAUGAAGGAAGAUCCAUACAAUCAUUUUGAAUUUCAAAUAUUUUCAUGUAUAAGCCAACUAAAUGAUCAUACGCCGUCGAAACUAGACACUAAUUGGGCUGCGCCGUGCAUAUUCAAGCCAUUAUGGGUCGUGCCACGCUAGCUCACGUGCUAGAAAACCUUAGCCCAGUCUCGACACUAUUUAUUGAUGUGUCUGUCGGCCUGUGCUGUGCUUGGGCUGGUUCGACCUAGUAAUCAUUGUAAUUAUUAUUAUCAGUAUGAAAUAAUGAAGAAAUUACAUCAUAUAUUUAAGCA